GAGAGAAAGAGAAAGGUGGAGAACAGAGGGGGCAGAAGACACUAGAGGAGGGAGAGAGUCGCCGCCUAUUAAUACGAGGCCGCCUCUGUCUCUUCUCCUCUCUUUCCGGUCUUCUCCCCCACGAACCAAUCCCCCUCCUCCAUUGCCCCCCCGCCUCUCGCCGCCGUUGGUGCUCUUCUCCGGCGACGGCAUUGCGGACGCACACCCGGAGGUUUCUCCGUCCGAAUGCAGGAUCUUCUCACUUGAUGGGGUUGAUGCGGUUCAUGCAUGUUUGCGGUGACAAGACAUUAAGACGUUGGUUUUUCAUUGAUAAGAGGGUUGGUUGAGUGUUCUCUGUCAUUCUUCAAUCCAGCACUCUCCUUGUGUUCUUCAUAGCUGUUGAUAGUCAGUUUGCAGCAGUACUAAGAGGAAGUCUUGUUCUGUUGAUGGAUUUGAAGACAAGCCUCAACUCUCCUGUUUUUGUGGAUCCUCUCCCUUCAUUAGCCUUGCCAUCUGCUGUGAUGACGUACACAACACCUACUAGCUUCCCUGCUUCGGGGCUGUACUUAAACACUCCAAAGAAGAAGCCGCUGCCCAGCAAGAUCGAAGAAGUUCGUGCAGCUGGAUGGCUCGACCUCAUGCUGGCUUCGUCACCUCCUCGCAAGAGGCAGGGCAAGGAAUUCCUGCCCAACGAUAUUCAAGCUGACGAUCUUGAUUUGAGAUAUCAUAAUUGGAUGGUAAAGUAUCCUUCAGCUUUAACCUCAUUUGAGGCAAUUACUGAGCUUGCCAGAGGUAAAAGGUUGGCAUUGUUUCUCGACUACGAUGGAACUCUUUCUCCGAUUGUGGACAAUCCUGCAAAUGCAGUAAUGUCGGAUGAGAUGCGUGCUGCUGUGAGGCAUGUAGCGUCGCUUUUCCCAACUGCAAUCAUUAGUGGAAGAUCUCGUGAUAAGGUGUUUGACUUCGUGAAACUAACUGAAUUGUACUAUGCUGGAAGUCAUGGAAUGGACAUCAUGGGACCUGUUAGGAAGUCUGAGUCCAGUGGUCACCCUGUGGAAUGUGUUAGGUCCACUGAUUCAGAGGGUAAGGAGGUCAAUCUCUUCCAGCCCGCCAGUGAGUUUUUGCCUAUGAUCGCUGAGGUGUUCCAUAAUCUUAGUGGGAGUAUCAGGGACAUUGAUGGCGCAAGGAUGGAAGAUAACAAGUUUUGUGUGUCUGUGCAUUACAGAAACGUCGCACCACAUGACUACGAAAAAGUUCAUCAACGUGUAACCAACGUUCUGAAGGACUACCCUUGUCUUAGGCUUACCCAUGGGAGGAAGGUUCUUGAAGUUCGUCCUGUGAUUGACUGGAACAAGGGGAAGGCUGUGGAAUUCCUACUUGAAUCGCUUGGACUAAGCGAGAGUGAUGAUGUUCUGCCUAUCUAUGUUGGAGAUGACAAGACUGAUGAAGAUGCAUUCAAGGUUCUGAAGGCAAAUAACCGUGGCUUUGGAAUUCUGGUGUCAUCUGUGCCCAAGGACAGUGAUGCCUUCUACUCCUUGAAGGAUCCAGCUGAGGUGAUGGAAUUUCUGAGUAAACUGGCUGCAUGGAAGGAGGAGGAAUCCAGCUGAGGAGAAGGGGAAGAACACUACCGGUUUUGCUGACCUGGAGAAGCACCAAUUAUAAAUACAGGCUAACCAAUAAGUUGGCUGAUAUGGAGGAGUCAGGCCAAAGCUUUUUCGAUUUGGCAUUUUGUAAAAGAGGCUGCCGCAAUUUUUGGCCUUCUUUUUGUUACUGGGAUUCUGAUCCAUUCCAUUCUUUUAUUGUUUCGGUUCCUUUAUUAGUAUAUAUCAAUAUAAAUUGGAAAUUUUCCUGCCUGUGUAUGUUUCAAGGCUUAUGAAAGGGUGUUCAUUAUUUUUAUUCUAUGUAAA